CGCCUGCCAGUGGGAGUUUGUAAACACUGGUACUAUUACUGACGCCUGCCAGUGGGAGUUUGUAAACACUGGUACCAUUACUGACGCCUACCAAUGGGAGUGUGUUAAACAGUGGCCAUGACUUAUGGAUGAGACUACUGAACUGAGUUUUAUUCUGCAUGAAUGGUUUGUCAUGAAUGCUUUGCAAUUGAAUUGAAUCUGAUUUUGUCACUCAGCGUUUUGGUUAUAUUAAACUGUUUAUCUGACAUGCUUAAAAGUUUUACCCAAGGGCUAUCCAUAUUUACUUACUGAGUUAUCUCAUAGUUUUCCUUGUCUACCAUUUCAGGAAGCGAAACCAAGGACGGGGAAACCGAGGGGAGUGACGAAUUAGAAGGCUAGCCAUUCAAUUGGGGUAUAAGUUUUAGAUUUUAUCAUCCUUUUGUAAGGUUGAUUUUAUUCACGAGAUUUUGUGAUUUGGAUAAGUUCCAAGCCUUGUGCAUUCGUGGGAUCCGUUCACGGGUGCACGGCGUCUGUCAUGUUCUCGGAUUUGGGUUCUGGGGCUAGCGUGUACUGCUCUUCCUCUUCCCCCGACCCUCUGCAACCCGACGAGCCCCCAGCUACCGCCACCCAUUUCCGGCCGGGAACACCGGUAAAACUUGGGGAUUUCCCCUUCUUUCUUGUUCUAGAACACCUAUUCAACCCAGAAUUUUUCCAAAUCUGCUCUCUUCCCUUUGCCGUGAGUUCCCUGUUGCUAGGUGCGAAUUUCUGGGCUUUUCCGUUGCCGUGAGUCCUCCAUUUCUUUUCCCCGUCGGCUUCCUUCCUAGCUGGACCCGGUGCUGCUCGCCGGAAUUUUCUGGUAAGAUGGACAGCUUCAUUUAAGUCCAAAUUUCAUCUAAUUGGUGGUUGCUUUGCUGAAUUUGGUCUUUGUGUGGUUGCCCUGUGAUUGUCCGAAUGCUGCCAAGGAAAAAAAAUGGAAGAUUUUGGCGGCUUUAAUUGUGUUUUUAGUUAAUUCAUGUAGGAAUUAGUUUAAUUAGGCUGCUGUGAUGUUUUGGAGAGAAAAAUCUCAUGUGUGUGAGUUGUGGUUUGCCAAGCCAUGCUCUCCAUGUGCUGCCCGUGAGUAAAUGGGAAAAUUUGAUGUGUAUUAUGCAAAUAUAUAAAUGCACAAUUGAUUUUGUGCUUGAUUUCGGAUAGAAAAAUGAAUAAAUAAAUAAAUAGGGUAUUAUGGGGGCUAAUUGCCGGCUAAAUUGGGAAAGGAUUAAAUAUGUCGUUUUAUAUGGGUAUUAAUUUUGGAAAUAUUUUGAUUAGGUACUUGAUUAUUCUGCACCCUAGCACUUGGGAUUAGUGUUCUGGUUGGUGUGAUUUGAGGUAGUGAUACCUGACACGUGGGGAGCUGGGGGAGUGACGAGCUAGACGGUUAGGCAUUAUUUUGGAUUUAGAUCUUUUGGAGUUAGGCCACUAGUCUCACAUGGUUGACCCAAAUAACCAUUUUUAUAUACAGAGUUUCCUUGGUUAUAGCCAUAACU